UUUGCAUAACAAGAUUAGGGUGGGGUGACCAGCAUUCCCUGCGCGCUACGUAAACGUCACCCCUGGUCGAACCAAUCUCUGGGCUCUACGUAAAUCAGACACUGCCUCCUCAAGCCUGCCCGUAAAACCUGCUGCCUUCAGUCACGGGCCAGCCCUUCUCUUAAGGAUGUCUGAGAGCUGGUCUCCUCACUAUUUUAACUCUCACUCUUUUAACUCCUCACUCUUAACUCACCCAUAUGUGUCCAUGUCGUUAAUCAUCUUGACGAGAGAUGAUGAACCCCGGAUAUUUACCCCAGACAGUGAUGCCGCUUCACCAGCAUUGCACUCUACUUCCCCGCUUCCUGAUCCUGCCUCAGCUUCUCCUCUCCACAGAGAAGAAAAAAUUCUGCCUAAAGCCUGCAACAUCGUUUCCUGCCUGAGUUUCAGCCUGCCAGCUUCUCGUACGGAUUCUGGACUUGCCAGCCCCACAAUCAUAACCAGUGAGGGGUAGCAAUUUUGGGCAAAAUGUCUGAUUUGGAAAUACCAACUUUACCUGCAUAGGCUCCACAAGAAAUCAGGUGGGAGAAGGGACAAGCAGAUAAGUGCAAGCCCAUCAACCUGAAGGCAUCAACCACAUCCAGCCACCUCCUUCUGAUCAGCAGCAAAGCUGACGUUUUGAUCUCCAUCUGUCUGAUUCUUGUGUCUACUUCUCAGUUUACAUCUCCAGUGGGAAAGAAAGAGCUUUAUUUACAGACCCAUAAAAAUCCCAUCAGUGUUGUCCCCUGCUGAGAGGCCAUGUGAGACCAUAUGGAAAAACAACAGCCAUAAUGGCAGCAUGGCAGUGGAAGAGUUUGUCUUGUGCCCAGGCCUUGCGGUCAUGCAAGUUUCUUGUGGAUCCUGUUGGGACCAGCCACUCACCAAGGCUGAGUAGGUCCCCAAAUAACGGGGACUUUCUACCAGACUCACAGAGAACUGCUGGGUUUUUGGGAAGGGUGUGCGUGUCUUUGGGGCAUGGAAGUUGGGGUUAUAGUGGAGACCCAGAGGAUGAGAAAACCUCUCUGCCUCAGCAGAAGAGUGGCAGCUGAGAGAGAGGCAAGAAACUCGCAGCCACUGUGGACCGGGGCAGAGAGAUUUUGAGGAGAAUGAAAUCCAGAAACUCUUUGUGGUAUUAGUUUGUAUCCAGAGGGUGACCCUCUUCUCAAGGAAAUGCGUGUCAUCAAUUUUCUACACUAUUAAAGAUAUAAAGUUCUUGGCAUUA